AUGUCACGAUUCACCAGCCUGUAUUUGAGGGUUCCUCGCCCCAAGACGCUCUUUGGCUUCAUUAGCCUGCAGACGGCGACGGAGCUGAUUUCGCUCGCUCUGGUGUUCAACAAAGUGACUGGAUUCUACGGAUUGCUGGCAAUUCUUACGGGCUUCCAGCUGUCGCUCUUGCAAUUUACGACCUACCUCUAUUCGAUUGCCGUCCUGGUCGCACUCGCUUUUCUCAUCCCGCACAUCCGAAAACAGAGCCCAUUUGAAUGUCUGAUGCUGGCGUGGAUUUACAUCCUCGAUACGAUCAUCAACACCUUCGAUACUGCCGCCUUUGGCCUCGAGUGGUACUUUGCUACGGGAGCUUCGGAUACCGCGGAUAACGUCAACGACAUUGUUGCGGAGGGUAUUGAGACAUUGAAGGAGCAGACCGCCCUUCAUGGCGCCGCUGUUCCCCACGAGACGGCUGCCAGCAUGGUCCUGAUCAUCCUCCUCACCUUGAUCCGAGUUUACUUCUGCGUGGUGAUCAUGUCGUACGCUCAGCAGGUGCUGCAGAAAUACAUGCAGCUGAUGAUCCUGGAGGCUGGACCUGAUGUGAUGGUGGACGACAAGGAUGGCCCAUUUGCCGCCGAACUUCCAGAUGGCGAGGGACGACGAGGCGCUCUUGGCAGAAUGAUGGUUUCGAUCGGCAGGGGAUACUGGCUUGACAGCAAGCAGCACGACGAGGGAUGGGCCGGGGAGAGAGUUCCUAAGGCUGGCCCUUCGUCGUAUACUGAAGAUGUCUGA